GAGGGGGGAUAAAAAUUGUAAAAUCAAUUCACUCAAAUCAUUCUCGUUAUGAAAGAUUUGAUCACAAAACGUGUGUGGCUUUUUCUUAAAUGUACACUAUUCUGCCCUUUGUAAUAAGUUUAAGUAGAAACACAUGUUUACAUGUAGUGCUUUACCUCCCUCUAACGGUUGCAGUGGGAAGUUGUUUUUGAGAGCAAAUACCGAAUGGCAGCAAGCAAUGUCGACUCGUGUGCAUGUGUUAAGAGCUGAUGUUUAAACCUUUUAUGUUGUGCGUUGGACAAGAUUUGUCCUUUUACGACGGUCUUAAGAGGGCAAUGGUUUGAGGCCAUUCUACAAAUAAAUCAGCUAAAAGAAACCAAGUCUGAUUAUUUGGAGCGUCGUUAACUCGCUGUCUAGCUGGUGAAAAACUAGAUGCUUCAGAGUGAGGACAGCACAGUAAACAGACACUAGCGCAGCGGGCACAACCACGAGGAGCUACAUCCAGCAAGAUAACCAUGAGCCUACGGUCAGGAAAGCUGUAUCACCCAGGUCUACCAGAAGAAGAUCUAAUGCCAGACCCUACAGAAUCAGGACAAGUGCACAACACAGACGAUGUGGACAGCACGGAGAACAAGGGUAACGCAAGCUACACAGACACAAAGAUCAAGUCUUUACGCUCGCAUACAUCCAAACGUUCAUCCGUAAGUUCUGCAGCGCUAAAAGCACAUGCACAAGCAGUUGCUGCACGAGCACAGCUGGAGUAUUCAUUAAAAGAAGCAGCCAUAAUGAAACAAAAAACUGAACUUGAAGCUAGUUUACAUGUUCUGAGUAGUCAAAAAGCUGUUGCAGUUGCCGAAGCAGAGGCUGCUGUUUAUGAAGAAGAGGAGGGUCUCUCAAAGACUGAACUGAGUCAUGUGUUUGUAGAACCACCUGCUAAUCCAAUGCAACGCACAGCAGAGUAUAUUCAGCAACACACAGACAUUUGCCAUGAAGGAUUCACAUUACGAGUUGAUCCUCUCGCUUGCCACAAUGCUGCACGUGAACAAUGUGAAAUGGCUAUGAAUACAAAGAUAGACAAUAAAGGCAUGCACAGCGUGAAAAAAACGGAUGUUAAAGUAGAGCACGAAACACAGCAAGAACAGACGAAUUCCCCCAAACUGUAUCCGUACGACACACCUCCGACAUCAGUAGAAAUAAGGGGUGUACAGGACAUCGCAAAGUACCUAACAAUGAGAGAACUGUUGAGUACAGGACUUUUGCAGUUUGACGAUCACCCAGAGAACUACUGGGCGUGGAAGGCUUCGUUUCAAAACACCAUAAAAGACUUGCAUGCUACAGCGCAGGAAGAACUAGAUUUAAUGAUAAAAUGGCUUGGAGUUGAGUCUGGUCAGCAAGCUAAAAGAAUUCGCUCAGUCUAUGUUUUCAAUCCAAUCGCUGCUCUAAGCCUUGUGUGGCAAAGACUCGAGGAAUGUUACGGGUCUCCUGAAGUCAGUGGAAAAUGCACUGUUGAAGAAGAUUGAGCAGUUUCCCAAACUCAGCAACAGAGACAGCACAAAGUUAAGAGAGCUAGGUGACAUUCUACAAGAAAUCGAAUGUGCAAAGGAUGGAGGAUACUUACCAGGCCUCUCAUAUUUGGACAAAGCAAGCGGAGUGAACCCCAUUGUGGACAAACUACCCUACGCGUUACAAGAAAAAUGGAUUGCAACAGGAGCAAAGUAUAAGGAGCAAUACAAAGUCUGCUUUCCCCCUUUCAGCGUCUUUUCAAGAUUUGUGAGACAACAAGCCAAAAUAAGAAACGACCCAAGCUUUGUCAUCACACCUCCAGCUAGCACAAGCUUCAAGAAAGACCAGGGUUUUAAAGGUAAUUCCAGGGAAGUGAUAACUGAACAAAACAGACAUUCCCACAGACAGUAGUUUUGCUCAGAACAGAUACAGUCAGUUGCCAGAAAGCCCUGACAAGCUAUGCCCAAUACAUAAGAAGCCUCAUCCACUAAAAAAGUGCAAAAGCUUUAGAGCAAAACCCAUAGAUGAGCGCAAGUCCUUUCUUAAAGAGAAUAUAAUCUGUUUUAAGUGUUGUGGCUCUACUCAGCAUUUAGCAAAAGACUGCAAGGUACAAAUAAAGUGCACAGACUGUGGCAGUGACAGACAUUUAUCAGUGCUACAUCCAGGUCCACCUCCUGUUCCAGCUGAUAGCCCUGAAGCUGACAAAUAGGAUGGCGGGGAGACAGAGGACAGUGCAAACAUUUCAGUGGUCUCUAAAUGCACAGAAAUCUGCGGUAAUGCAGACAGUCCACAUUCAUGCUCAAAGAUAAGUCCGGUGUUAGUCUAUCUAGAUGGCAAAAGACAACAAGCACAAAGGAUGUACGCAGUGCUUGACAAACAAAGUAACAAGUCUCUUGCUAAGUCACAGUUUUUUGAGCUCUUUAAUAUUAAGACACGCUCAGACGCUUACAAGCUCAGAACAUGCUCCGGACUGUCAGAUAAUGUUGGCAGAACAGCAUCAAACUUUUUGAUUGAGUCAAUGGAUGGUAGAGUAAAACUCCCACUCCCAAAUCUGAUCGAAUGUGACAUGAUUCCAGACGAUAGGAGUGAGAUACCGUCUCCACAAGUUGCUAUGCAGUUCCCACACUUACAGAAGAUAGCUGACAAAAUAUCUCCUGUCGAAAUACAAGUACCUGUCCUUCGACUCUUGGGAAGAGAUAUUAUACAGGUACACAAAGUCAGAGAGAGAAUCAACGGGCCGCACAAUACACCCUAUGCGCAGCGCCUAGACUUAGGGUGGGUAAUUGUUGGUGAAGCCUGCCUAGGAAAGACACACAAGCCCUCGAAUGUGAAUGUCCUAAAAACACGUUCUUCAGAAUGGCCGUGCUUCUUACCUCAGCUCAUGUCCCAACAUCUUUCAAGUAAAGGAGUCGAGUGGUUGCAGCUUCCAACCAAACACCACACCCGCUCUUCAAAAGGGCAGUGAAGAUACAAAUUCUGAUUUGCUGGGACAAACUAUUUUUGAGAAAACAAAAGAUGACGACAAACCAGCGCUGUCGGUAGAAGAUAAAGACUUUAUUGACAUUAUGGAAAAAGAAGUGUUUUAAAACAAAGCCAACAGCUGGGUGGCACCGUUGCCAUUCCGCUCACCCAGACCGAAACUUCCAAGUAACAGGGAGCAAGCAUUCAAACGUCUUCAAUCACUCAGGAAAACACUGGACCGCAACCCUGAAAUGAAAAGACAAUACACUGAGUUCAUACAAAACCUGCUGAACAAUGACCAUGCGGAGCUCGCUCCACCUCUGGACUCGGACAAAGAACACUGGUACUUACCAUCCUUCGGUGUGUACCAUCCUCAGAAACCCGACCAGCUGAGAGUAGUUUUUGACUGAAGUGCAGAGUUUCAAGGACAGUCCCUUAACAAAGUCUUGUUAAGCGGACCUGACCUCAACAACACACUACUAGGUGUUCUUAUGCGCUUUAGGAAAGAGCCAGUAGCAUUUUCGACUGAUGUGCAGCAAAUGUUUUAUUGCUUUGAAGUGAAAGAGGAUCACAGGGAUUAUAUAAGAUUCCUUUGGUAUGAAAAUAAUGAUCCGGAUGAAGAUAUUUGUGAAUAUAGAAUGAAUUUCCACGUUUUUGGAAAUAGUCCCUCCCCGGCCGUGGCUAUUUACUGUAUGAGGCGUGCUGCAGUCGAAGGAGAGGAAGAGCAUGGACAAGACGCAAAGCAGUUCAUUAUGAGGCAUUUUUAUGUGGAUGACGGCCUUGCAUCCACAACAACCUCAGAAGAAGCUGUUGAGAUACUCACAAACGCACAAAACAUGUUGGCACAAUCCAACUUAAAGCUACACAAAAUAGCCUCUAACAACCACAAGGUAGUGAAAGCAUUUCCUGCUGCUGAAAGAGCAAAAGAUCUGAAAGACUUGAAUUUAGAGCCGGACGACAUACCUCUGCAGAGGAGCCUAGGGGUGCUCUGGAAUCUUGAAACUGACAGUUUUACCUUUCAUGUCACCACCGAACUAAAGCCAUACACCAGGAGAGGUGUGUUGGCCACAGUUAACAGUUUGUACGAUCCACUAUAGGUUUCGUAUCACCCGUCACAAUGCAAGGAAAAGCACUUCUACGUGAACUGUCCACAGAGCAAAAGGAUUGGGAUGAACCACUUCCUGUGGAAAGAGAAAAGGAAUGGGACAAAUGGAGGUACUCAUUAAAAGAUCUUGAGCAGCUACAGAUACCAAGAUGCUACCUCCCAUUCUCCCAAUCUACAGCUGUGAGGAAAGAACUGUGCAUAUUCUCAGAUGCCUCCACCAUGGCCAUAGGAGCAGUAGCGUAUCUGAGAGCACUUGACAGUGAAGGUCAGUGGCACACAGGUUUUAUCAUGGGGAAGUCAAAAGUGGCCCCCCGUCCUGCCCACACGGUCCCGAGACUAGAGUUAUGUGCAGCAGUUUUAGCUGUUGAAAUGUACGAACUCAUUAGGGAUGAGAUGGACACUGAAGUAGACACUGUCAGAUUUUUUACAGAUAGUAAAAUCGUUCUUGGCUACAUACAUAACAACACAAAGAGAUUCUACACUUAUGUAGCUAAUCGAGUGACCAGGAUCAGGAAGUCCACACAUCCUCCACAGUGGUGUUGCAUAGCUACUUGUGACAAUCCAGCAGACAAUGCAACCAGACCCAUAGCAGCUUCUACACUAGCUCACACAAACUGGUUUAGUGGUCCUUCCUUUUUAACACAGCCCAAUAAAGAGUCGACGCAUUCAGAUGAUUUCAAUCUGAUUGACCCUGAUACAGAUACUGAGAUCAGGCCUGAGGUGAAAAGUUUUGUCACUAAAACCUCAACUACGCAGUUAGAGUCAAGUCGCUUUGAAAGAUUCUCUCAGUGGACGAGUUCAUAUCAAACUAUUGCAUCACUAAAACGUGUAGCAGCAUCAUUCAAGAAAACAAACUUGGGAAACAAAGGCUGGAAGUGUUUUAAAAACACAAACACUACCGAUGAACUGUAUAAAGCAGGGAAAUUUAUCAUUCAAACUGUGCAACAUGAAACAUUCAAAGAAGAGUUCCGGUGCAUAAAAGCUAACCAGCCAUUACCAAAACAGAGCUGUCUUAAAAAGCUAAACCCUGUUAUUGAUGAAGAUUGUCUUCUGAGAAUAGGAGGACGCUUGGCACCUGCUAAUCUCACUAAGGAAAAGAAACAUCCACUCAUUAUCCCACACGCUCAUCACGUAGCAGUCCUACUUGUCAGGUACUAUCACGAGAAGGUAGCGCAUCAGGGGCGCCACAUAACAGAAGGAGCGCUCAGAGCAGCCGGAUUUUGGAUUAUCGGCAGUAAACGGCUUGUCAACAGAUCCUGACAGACCAAAUCUUCUCACCCCAGCAAUGCUUCUUACCCAAAAGACCAAUGCCUUAUCUGCACCAACAGAAACCUUUGCACCUCCAGACCUCUAUUCAAAGCAAUGGAAGCAAGUACAGAGUCUGGCGGACACCUUUUGGAAACAGUGGAGGAGUGAAUAUCUUUCAACUCUACAGCAAAGGAGAAAAUGGACUGAUAAAAAAAUGAAUGUAAAAGUCGGUGACAUUGUAUUACUGAAAGACGUGCUUGCACACAGAAAUGACUGGUCCAUGGGAAGAGUUGUAAAAACAUUUGAGAGUAAGGACAAAAAGGUUCGAAAAGCAGAAGUAAAGACUGUAAAAGAUGGAAAUGUGAAAGUGUUUUUGAGACCUAUUACAGACAUGGUUUUACUGUUAUCAGAAAAGUAAAUGUUGCAUUUUUUUUGUUAUUUACAUGUUCUAAAGUUUGAUUUGUAAUGGCACAAUUGUAUUGUACCAGGCGGGGAGUAUUCUGCCCUUUGUAAUAAGUUUAAGUAGAAACACAUGUUUACAUGUAGUGCUUUACCUCCCUCUAACGGUUGCAGUGGGAAGUUGUUUUUGAGAGCAAAUACCGAAUGGCAGCAAGCAAUGUCGACUCGUGUGCAUGUGUUAAGAGCUGAUGUUUAAACCUUUUAUGUUGUGCCUUGGACAAGAUUUGUCCUUUUACGACGGUCUUAAGAGGGCAAUGGUUUGAGGCCAUUCUACAAAUAAAUCAGCUAAAAGAAACCAAGUCUGAUUAUUUGGAGCGUCGUUAACUCGCUGUCUAGCUGGUGAAAAACUAGAUGCUUCAGAGUGAGGACAGCACAUACACGUUUGACAUUCCUAUCGUGUCAGCUUUUAAUUAUAUUGCGCUGUCAUGUUAAAGCAAAUUAAUAAAUGCAACAAUAUUAAUUUGCUUUGAAAAUACCUGAUUAAUAAAAUAAAAUGCAUGGAUGGAUGAAUGAUGAUCACAAUUAAGUAUAAAGUCUCCUUUGUAAUAUAUACUCCUUGCAGCCUGUACCCAAAAAGAGGAGUUUCUAGGCAUCGAGGUUUAUGCAAAGAGCUCACGUAAUUAUAUUGUUGCGUUUUGGUGAAGUGAAUUGAGUGUUCCGUCUGUACGACUGGUCUUUGAAUGCACCCCGCUUCAAUGGCAGAACACAGAUGAAUUUAAAGACAUCAAAUGAGAAUAAUCCUUUAUAAAAAUUUAAAUUGACUGACGCAAACGUGAGUUCUUCAUGUUUUUAUUGAAAACAACAUAGUGCUGACGCCUUACGACAUGGGUUUUUCGCUUUCCAAAUAAGGGGUCGUCACUAAUUAUUUGUGUUUAGAUAAAUGUCUGAGCUAUAAUGGUGUAAUUAAUAGGGGUGUAACGAUUCAUCGAUACGCAUCUUCUGAGGCUUGUUGAAUAUAACUAUUUCCAGAAUGCUUGCGUCAUGUAUCAGACUGUCCAUAAACGAAACCACAAACUCUGUCAACUCAUCCCAAUCUGUUCUGCCAGCCACACCCACACCACCAGGAAUAGAAAUCUAAUCAUUGGGAAAAAACGCAAACUAAAAUCUACAAGCUUUAGUAUUGUGUGCAGAGGGCCACAGAUUUGGAAUGAGCUUGAUGAAACACUAAAAAUGUUGCAAUCCAUAUCCAUCUUAAAGGCAAAUCUAAAAAAUCAACUCCUAUCAAUGUAUAUUUAAUAUGCUGGUUAUAAAUUGCAUGAACACCUGUGUCCUGUUGUCAAUAUAUUAGUUGUUAAUUUAUAAAUUGCAAAUGUACUUUACAUCGAAUCUAGUGUAACCAGCAUACUAAGGUUGUCUAUUGCUUGUCGUAUGGUUGUUGUGUGCUGUACCUUGUUGUGUGUUUGUUAUUGUUGUCUAUUAUAUAUAUGUAUGUUGUCCAAAAUGUAAGGAUGUCUGGCCAAUAUCUGAUACUUAUGGGAAACCAGGCCCCCUAUUAAAAGCUUUAAAUAGCUUGCUUGGGGUGACCUUUCACGCAUCCGUAAUUACUGUUGUAUGUCUUGGAUAUUGCGUGAAUAAGACUCAAACUCAAACAUCGAUUAAUCGAUAUAAUCUACGAUUUAUUGGCAUCGAUGCUAAACGUAAACAUCGAUUUAUAUCGCCGUGUUUGAGAGGG